UGUCCGUGAAAAGUCGUUUGUAUUGUUAGUUCUACAAAUGCUGCCUUCAGCAAACAAGUUCAGUGCAAAUUUGCAGAUUUCUAUCAAAAAGUAACGAUAAAAAGGAGCGAUACACGUCAGAAAAGUGGCUAAUCGCAAAAAAUUCCGACGAGGAAAGAAAGGAGAUAAAAAACGCCAGUCGAAAUCAACGAUAAAUUUCGAUACUUCUAAUAAAGUAAAGCUAAUCAUUUACAAAAUGAAGAUACCGCUUCUGAUUCUUUGUCUGGCUGUAGUGUACAGUACCUGCCGGACAUAUGAUGAAGAAGAUCACGUGAUUAAAGCAAUACAAAGUAAUGGAGAUUAUAAAAACUAUGCAAAUAUGCCUUUUGAAAGAUCUCUCGCGAGAUACAAAAGAACCAUUUUAUCACCAGUUCCAGCUCUGAUAAACACACUCUUAUGGGGACUUAACAAUGUUAGAUCUACAGAUAAAAACUUCAUGACUUUUAUAAGUGAUUUAUUAACUAGAAAAAAUGAUUUAAAUCAGAUUAAGAAAAUUAUCCAAGACAGUUUCGAAAUAAUCACGGAACCAGUUAAUGCAUUAAUUGACCAAAUAUUUCAAAUCGCAAUCUACUUGUUUCUAAAUAUAUUUCUACCCGCUUUGCACACGGUGCUGUUUAAAUUAAUGAACACUGGAUUGUUGCCCUCACAAAUAGAAGCUCUGAUCAUCGGAUUCGAUAUGAUUUAUAAAUGUUUACAAUUUACUGGAUAUGUCCCAUACUAAAUGAAAUUCAAUAAUAAACGAUUUAUUAAGAUCGU